CUCAGUAUUGCGGCGCUGACUAAGUCUACCGCAAUAAACACUGCACAUCUAUUACUAAGGGUAAACAUUAAAACCUUUGUCUACUCCAGAACUAACAGAUUUUAUUUUGUGAAAUGGCUGAAUCGUGGCACGAAAUUGCACAAGUCAAGAAAGAAAACAGGCAUGAACUCAAAUUAACUGGAAAUCAUAUUUCGGAAAAAAUUGCUGCUAAUGGCCUGGACCCAGAACUCUUUAAUUUGGAAGGCAUUAAUUAUUUAAAUAUUGAUCAUACUUGCCUCGAAGAAGUCCCAGAAGAAAUAGGAAAACUAGAAAAUCUCACCAACUUGGUUUUGCAUUCGAAUCAAAUAAAAAAAUUACCAGCUUCUAUAAGUAAAUUAAGUAAACUCAAAGUUUUGGAUUGUUCAAGAAACAAGCUAGAAAAUCUACCAGAAGAAUUAUCUAAUUUACCAUCAUUGACAACAUUAAGUUUUGGAUCUAAUCUUCUAACUUCAUUGCCACCUCAAAUUUUGAAUACAAAACUUUCAGUCAUUGACUUGUCGCACAACAAAUUGGAAAUUUUUCCAGACAUUUGUCACGCUGAACUGGUUCACUUGUCAGAAAUUAAAUUGAAUGAUAACUUGAUCAAAGAUAUACCAUUUAAUAUAAGUGUCUUACCAGUAUUGAAAGUGCUAGAUUUGGGAAACAAUAAAAUAUCAGUUGUUCCUGGAGAAUUAGCAGAUUGUUCAAAGUUGAAAGAUUUGAAUCUGAAAGGAAAUAGUCUCACAGAUAAAAGACUAUCUAAAUUGAUUGAUCAAUGUCGUACAAAGCAAGUCAUUGAUUAUGUGAGACAACACUGCUCAAAAGUUGGUAAUUCAUCUGGUAAUGCUACAAACAAAUCUAAGAAAGGAAAAAAAGGCAGGAAAAGUUCAGAAUGUGAAAAUACCAAUUCUGAUAUUGAGACAUGUGCGCACAAGUUACACAUUUUAAAAGUAUCUGAUAAUAUUCCUGUAAUAAAAGUCUCAGAUCAUGUUAAAUCAGUCAGGCCACAUAUCUUGGCUUGCAUUGUUAAAAAUUUGAAAUUUACUGAAGAAUCAUUCAAAAAAUUUAUUCAGUUACAAACAAAACUCCAUGAGUCAGUUUGUGAGAAAAGAAAUGCUGCAACUUUGGCUACUCAUGAUUUUGACUUACUUGUUCCAGGAGAUUUAACUUACACUGCAAAACCUCCUAAUGAUGUAAAAAUUAUUCCCCUUAUGCGCACAAAAACGUAUUCUGGUGCUGCUUUGUUCAAGCAACUUCAAACUGAAGCAGAUAACUUACGUAGAGAAAAGAAACGUAAUGUUUAUUCUGGAAUACAUAAGUAUUUAUACUUAUUAGAAGGAAAACCACUUUACCCUUGUUUAGAAGAUAGCAAGAAUCAAGUCAUCUCGUUUCCUCCUAUAACUAAUAGUGAUAUUACGAAAAUGUCUGCUAAUACCACAACUAUGUUUGUUGAAGUAACUAGCGCAAUGAACCAGCAAACUUGCAAGAAAGUACUAGAUGAACUGCUGAGAGAAAUGGUUUUACAAGGUCUUGGUUGCCAAAAUCAAAAUGAUGAUCAAGACAAAUAUCAUGAGUUACUUGUUGAGCAAGUAAAAAUAGUUGAUCUUGAGGGUAAUAUGAAAUCAGUUUAUCCAUCAAGAACAGAUGUACAAUAUGAAGAUAAAAAUAUAAUUGUAUCACGUGAAUAAUUGAUUCAUAUUAUUGUUUAGUUAAUAUUGAAAAUAUAUUUUUUGAAAUCUCAAUGACUUAAAAGAGAUGAGUUUUUAUAUUCUUAUUUUUGUUAGUAAUCAAUGAAUUAAAUUUAUAUAUAAAUCCAAAAAUGGUACCUGCAGAUUUAUAGCACAAAAAGUUUGAACAUUAAUCAAGACAGGUGAGACAUUUUUAUAAAUGAUAUAAAUUUCUUUUAUAUUAAAAGAAUAUAAAGUAAUAGAAACAAGAGUGAGUAAAAUUCAAUUAUACAACAACUUGUAUUUGCAUGUUAGUCACUAAUUGUGAAAAUAAAGU